AAUGAAUUAAUCUUAAUAUGGAGCGUUCGGAGUUAGUGGUAAUAACUUUAAUCAAGGUAAACCGCCUGCCAAUAAUUAUAAUUUUGAAAAUGUUAGAGUAAUUUAUAAUUUUUAUUAGGUUAGGCUUAAUAACCUGCACCAGGUGGACCAUAACCUUCUCGAGGUAAACCACUUGGAACAGCUGCAAGACAACCUUAAGCAGAAGCUAGACCUAUGACAUCUAAUAGAGGAGCUAAUUUUGGUUAAAAGAAAGACCCUUUCAAUUCCACUCAGAAUCAAAUUAAUUUGAAUAAACCUAAACUUGAAACUAAUCCUGAAGAAUAAUUUAAAUCUAUUGAAAAAGAAAUUAAUACUCUCAUAGAAUAAAGUGCCAUGGCUAAAUUAAGAGGAAACUUAUCUGAGUGUUUAGAAAAAGCUAAAGAAGCAUUUAAUAAAGAAAAAAAAUUAAGACAAUCUAAAGAGGCUUAAAAUUUAGCUGAAUCAAUUAACACGGAUCUUAGUUAUUGUGUAGCCUUGACUUAAGCUUGUGCUUUACAUACAAAUGGUCUUCAUUAAGAUGCUCUUGCAAAAUAUCAAGAAAUUAUAAAAUGUAAGUAAUAUCCUCAAGCUGGAAGAUUAAGGGUGAAUAUGGGUAAUAUCUACUUCGAAUAAAAGAAAUAUCCAACUGCAAUAAAAAUGUAUAAAAUGGCAUUAGAUUUGAUACCUGCUACUUCAAAAGAGAUGAGAUUCAAAAUAUAAAAGAAUAUUGGUCAUGCUUAAGUAAGACUUGGGAAAGAGAAAUUCAAGGAGGCUAUCUCUACUUAUGAAUAAAUACUUAAGAAUUCUCCAGAUUUUCCAACAGGAUUUAAUUUAAUGAUUUGUUUAUAUUUGAGUGGAAAUAAGAAUAAAAUGAAAGAUUAUUUUGUUACUCUGCUCACAAUAGAGAUUCCUGGAGAGAGCGAAGAAGAGAAUAAUGAAAAUAAAGGGACAACAAUGACAGAUAAAUUAAGAGAGGAUACUAAAGAAAGAAGAAGAGAAGCUAUAUAUUAUAUUGUUACUUCUGCUAAAUUGAUUGCUCCAUUAAUCGAAGAUGAUAUAAUAUUAGGGUAUGAAUGGAUUUUAGAAUAACUUAAGAAUUCAACAUUUCCUGAAGCUGAAACAGAAAUUGAAAUAUGUAAAGCGAUGGCAUUUUUGAAGAAAAAGAAUAUUGAAAAAUCAAUAGAAACAUUGAAAGGAUUUGAAAAAAAAGAUAAGUAAAUAAUGGCACGAAUAGCUACUAAUAUUUCAUUUUUAUAUUUUUUAGAAAAUGAUUAUAAGCAAGCUGAAAAAUAUGCUGAAAUAGCUAUAACAUAUGAUAGAUAUAAUGCUAAAGCUUUAGUAAAUAGAGGAAAUUGUCUUUAUGUAAAGAAUGAAUUUUUAAGAGCUAAAGAAUAAUAUUUAGAAGCUAUAGGUGUUGAAGCAGAUUGCAUUGAAGCACUUUAUAACUUGGCUUAUGUAAAUAGAAAAUUGAAUAUGUUUAUUGAAUCUCUAUAAGCUUUAGAUAAACUCUAAACUAUAGUUUGUAUACCUGAAGUUUUAUAUUAGAUGGCUACAUUAUAUGAAAUGACAGGCAAUUCAAAAUAAGCUAUGAAAUGGUAUUUAGAGGUUUUAAAUAAAGUACCAAAUGACCCCAAUAUUUUAGCUAGAUUAGGUUCAUUAUUUGCUAGAGUAUUAUUAUUUAAAUAAUAAAAUAGGAGGAUGAUGAACCAUAAGCAUUGCAUUAUUUUUAAGAAUCAUAUAGAAUAUUACCUACAAAUAUAGAAACUAUAUCAUGGUUAGGAGUUUAUUAUGUCAAAUAAGAAAUUUAUGAAAAAGCUAGUUUAUAUUUUGAAAGAGCUGCAUAAGUUUAACCAAGAGAUGUUAAAUGGAAACUUAUGGUUGCAAGUUGUUAUAGAAGAAUGGGGCACUUUUAAAAGGCUCUAGGUAAUUACUAAAAGAUCUAUUCAGAUUAUCCUGAUAAUAUUGAAUGUAAAUUUACAUAUUUAUUAAUCAAUUUAGGUCUCAGAUUUCUUGUUUAGUUAUGUAGAGAAAUGGGAUUACCAUAUGAAGAAUAUGCUGGAUAAUUAAGAAAACUAGAAAGAGAAAUGGAAAUGAUGGAUGGUUAUUAAGGUUAAGAUAUUAAUUUAAUUAAUAAUGAAGAAGAAUAAGUUAGAUUACCAUAAGGAGAUGAUAAUCCUGUUAGUUUUACCAAUAAUACUAGGUAAUUUUUCAUUUAUUAUAUUCUCAUAGACGUGGAAAUAAACAACCACCUCCUAAAACCAAUCUUAGAUAAAAUAUUGAUGAUGAAUAAUUUUAAGAUGGGGUAGAAGAUAACUUUUUACCUUGA